UAUUGAUCAGCUCAGAUUGCUAGAAAGUGAUCCCUGUCUGUCAAGAAGUCGACUCAGUAAACCGUACUCACUGUACAAAAUAUUUUAGUAAACUUAAAACCUAGGAGAAGUCAAACGAUGGCCCCCAAGAAGAAGGCCUCCCGUCAGAAGAAACCCGUCGAGGAAGCCGUCCCUCCGGCCGCCGUGGAGGCCGCCCUGCCCCAGCUGAAGGUGGAGAGCCGCGGUGACGGAGUGGUGGUGGUGGAGAGUGGCGUGAAGAAGAUCGAGCAGAUGGCAGCGCUGGACAUCGCUCAGCUGAACAGCCUCAACCUGCCGCUGCCGCCGCCGGUCAUCAAGCCCGGGGAGAGAGGCCUCGGCCUGGGCAGCGAGCUGACACGACCCCUGCACGGAAACGCCCUGCUGGAGGAGCUCAGCAAGAUGCGGCAGGAGAAGUUCCUGACUGAUCUGGAGUUGGCCUGUAAGACGAAAGCCUUCGACGUCCACAAGCUGGUCAUCUCCUCCGUCAGUCAGUACUUCAGAGAGAUUCUGGCCAAAGACCCGGGCAUGAAGCGCCUGGAGCUGCCCUCCCUCUCACCACUUGGCCUGGCUAACGUCAUCACCUUCGCCUACCUGGGCCGCGUCCACAUGUCCCUCUACACCAUCGGGUGCACCGCCUCCGCCGCCGCCACCCUGCAGAUCCCUCAGCUGCUGAAGAUGUGCAUGGACUUCCUGCUGGCCGAGCUCAACGUGCAGACCUGCGUCUACAUCUGGAACAUCGCUGCCGCCUAUGGCCUGGUGCCCGUGUGCGACGCCGCCCGCCGCUUCGUCCUGGAGAACUUCGUGCAGUUCGCCGACACGCUGCUGUUCACCCAGCUGACCCUGGAGCAGAUUGUCGCCUUCCUGCAGGACGAUUCGCUGAUUUUGCCUUCGGAGGUCACCGCCUUCCAGUUGGCCAUGAAGUGGCUCGACUUCGACGCCUCUCGCCAGGUUCACGCCGCAGAGCUUCUGUCUCACAUCCGCUUCGAGACGAUCCCGGCCAGCGAGCUGGUGAGUCAGAUCCAACCGGUGCCGCGUAUGAUGAUGGACCCUCAGUGCCACCGCCUGCUGGUGGACGCCAUGAACUACCACCUGCUGCCCUACCAGCAGAACACCCUGCAGUCCCGCCGCACGCAGGUCCGCGCCGGCCAGCAGACUCUGCUCACCAUCGGGGGUCGACCAUCGCUCACUGAGAGAGCUCUCAGCCGCGAGGUGCUGUGGAGGGACCCUCGUGAAGGAGGAGCCAGCUGGCGCCACCUCACCCAGCUGCCGGCCAAGAGCUUCAACCAGUGCGUGGCUGUGAUGGACGGCUUCCUGUACGUGGCCGGAGGAGAGGACCAGAACGACGCACGCAACCAGGCCAAGCACGCCGUCAGCACCCUCAGCAGGUACGACCCUCGCUUCAACACCUGGCUCCACCUCGCCAGCAUGCGUCAGCGCCGCACCCACUUCUCUCUGGCAGCCAGCGGCGGCCGCCUGUUCGCCAUCGGCGGCCGUAACGUGGAGGGCCUGCUGGCCACCACCGAGAGCUACCUGCCCUCCUCCAACACGUGGCAGAUGCGUGCGCCCAUGGAGUCGCCCCGCUGCUGCCACUCAAGCGCCACCCUGCCCUCCGGAGACAUCCUGGUGACCGGUGGCUACAUCAACUGCGCCUACUCCCGCUCCGUGGCGUGCUACAAUGUCGACACCGACACCUGGAGCGAAAAGGCGCCCAUGGAGACACCGCGCGGCUGGCACUGCUCCGCCACCCUCGGGGAGAAGGUGUACGUGGUGGGAGGGAGCCAGCUGGGGCCCGGCGGCGAGCGGGUCGACGUGCUCUCUGUGGAGGUGUUCUCCCCGGAGAGCGGCGCCUGGAGCCGGGCCGCCCCGCUCCCUCUGGGCGUGAGCACCGCCGGGCUGUCCCCACUGGCUGAGAAGCUGUACCUGCUGGGAGGCUGGAACGAGGCGGAGAAGCGCUACAAGGCGGCGGUGCAGAAGUACGACCCGGCCACGGACAGCUGGACAAGGGCGGAGGAUCUGCCGGAGCCCACGGUGGGCGUGUCCUGCUGCACCUUGACCCUGCCGCCGCGCCACACACCGCGCCGCCAGCAGCACCGCAACACCCCGGCCAGCGAAGAGCAGCAGCAGCCGGCGAAGAACCGCAGCAGAGAGAGCAGCACGACGCCGUCACAGAUGAUCACAGCGUAGAGAGACGAACCCACGAGAGAGAAGGACUGAAGAGACGAGAGGGUUUAACCGCUGGAGAACAUCUGGAUCAUGUCUGCUCUUUAUUCUGUUUAUAUAGUAAAAAUGAUUUAAAGCUGAAAAUAUAUUUCAUUCUGUAAAUAAUUACACAAAGAAAUUCGGAUGAAGAAAAUAAACAACUAACCCAAACAAAACAAUAGUGUAAAAAAUUUAAUUUGAAAAAAAGGUGAACAGGCAGAAAGAUAAUUUAUUGUAAAAAUAAUUUAAAUAAAAAAAUAUAUAAAUAUGUUAAAAUAAACAUAUUAUACAUUUGUAUGAAAAAAAAUCAAAUAUACUUUGGAUUGUUAUGAUUAUAACUCUAAAAGUAUUGCUUAUAAUAAUUAUGGAGAAUUUUAUUAAACAAAAUGUAUUUUCCCCAGAUUUCCACAAUUACAGAUGAGAUCAAAUAAAUGUAUUAUUUAUUCUCUUUAGAUCUCAUGAAUAUGAAACUAAAAACUGAAAUUAAAAUUAAUUUCAUACUUUAAAAACUGAAUAAUUUUGGAUGAAUAUAUAUGUAUUUAAAAAAAAGCAGACAACUAAAAAGACACUUAACCCAAACAAAAAGGUCAUUUAAAUAACUGCAAAAAUAUGUAAAAUGUUUAAUGAAUAUUUAAAAUGAUAUA